AUGGAUUCAGACGUUUCCAAAAGAUCUCAGUUACAAAAACUGGCUUAUACAUCAUUGACCGAGUACUUCCAAGAGCAUGACCACGAAGUCGUUGAAAUUACAAUUCUCCCUCCGUCUGUGCAGCCACCAGACGGUGUCUUGAUACAAGAAGGAUCAUCACUUGGAAUAUCAAAGAAAGCACUUACCUUGGCUUACAUGGAAGCACGUGGACUAUUCUUCGGGAACAGAGAGAGCAAUGAUCCUGCCACAAUAAAUCAGACAAUGCAGACGACAGAGAUUAUGCUUCUUUUUGACCCGGAACAUCUCACUGCUGCAAACUACCGUAAGCGCGUGCUUUCCCAACUAGAAGCUGAACACGGACUUCACGCUGGGAACAUAUUUCAUAAAGCUCUACAACGAGAGCUUUAUUUUCUGGAUAGCGUCCUCACAUCUCCACUGCAUCGUCAGUCAAAGUCACCAACUCUAUGGUAUCACCGCUCGCAUAUUGUAGACUCUCUUAUAACAGUCGGUCUGACAGAAACAUUGGAUGAUCAGAAGGCGGUCUUUUGGAACAACGAGCUCGAGGCUGUGUGCAAAUCUGGGGAGCAACAUCCUAAGAAUUAUCAUGCUUGGCAGUAUGCUCGUAGGUUGGUGCAAAAAGCCCAUGGUUUCGGAGCGGAUGACCAGUUUGUCCGAAUCGUCAAAAAAUGGUGUACUAGACAUCCAAGCGACAUAUCUGGUUGGUCUUUUCUUUUGUACUUGAUGCCUCGACUGGCGCCAUCACUGAGGGAAGAGCUGGUGAGAGAUGUGCUAGAUUACGCCAUUAAGUUCGGCAUCGAGAACGAGUCACUAUGGGUUUUCAUUCGCACAGCUCUCGCACAAGACAUGUCCAGCGCGGGACACUCGGUAACAUAUCAGCAUCUUCAAGAUUAUGUUCAAAACUUGACAAACGACGAAAGACCACAAGACGAGGCCCACACCGCUUCUAAUGCUCUCAAAUGGAUCGACGCUUAUGGAAAACACACCGGAUGA